GCCGGAUCUCACGUGACUCGGAGUACACAUGAUUUCAGUCUCGCGGCGCCUCCAGUAGAACAAGGACGCUAGGAAGCGGAGAUGGCCCGAGCCGCCCUGUCGCCGCUGUUCGUGCUGCUGGUCGCGUCCUGGGCGGCCCGAGGCUGGGCGGCCCCCGACCAGGACGAGAUCCAGUGCCUCCCCGGGCUGGCCAAGCAGCCUUCUUUCCGUCAGUACUCUGGCUACCUCAGAGCCUCGGAUUCCAAGCAUUUCCACUACUGGUUUGUGGAGUCCCAGAAAGAUCCAAAGAACAGCCCUGUGGUGCUCUGGCUCAACGGGGGUCCGGGCUGCAGCUCCCUGGAUGGGUUCCUCACAGAGCACGGUCCCUUCCUGAUUCAGCCGGACGGUGUCACUCUGAAGUACAACCCUUAUUCUUGGAACUUGAUUGCCAACAUGUUGUACAUCGAGUCCCCAGCUGGGGUGGGCUUCUCCUACUCUGAUGACAAGGUUUAUGCCACCAAUGACACUGAGGUUGCCCAGAGCAAUUUUGAAGCCCUUAAGGAUUUCUUCCGUCUCUUUCCGGAAUACAAGAAUAACAAACUUUUCCUGACUGGCGAGAGCUAUGCUGGCAUCUACAUCCCCACCCUGGCUGUGCUGGUCAUGCAGGACACCAGCAUGAACCUUCAGGGGCUGGCUGUAGGCAAUGGACUCUCCUCCUAUGAGCAGAAUGACAACUCUCUGGUCUAUUUUGCCUACUACCAUGGGCUUCUGGGGAACAGGCUCUGGUCUUUGCUCCAGGACCACUGCUGCUCUCAGGACAAGUGUAACUUCUAUGACAACAAAGACCCAGAUUGUGUGACAAAUCUUCAGGAAGUGUCCCACAUUGUGAGCAACUCUGGCCUCAACAUCUACAACCUCUACGCCCCGUGUGCUGGGGGUGUGCCUGGCCAUCUUAGGUAUGAGAAGGGUACGACUGUGGUCCAGGACUUCGGCAACAUUUUCACUCGCCUGCCACUGAAGCAGACACAGCAUCAGGCACUGCUGCGUUCUGGGAACAAAGUGCGCAUGGACCCCCCCUGUACCAACACCACAGCUCCCUCCACCUACCUCAAUGACCCAUAUGUACGGAAGGCCCUCCACAUCCCUGAGCAGCUGCCCCCCUGGAACAUGUGCAACUUCCUGGUGAAUUUACAAUAUCGCCGACUCUACCAAAACAUGAACUCGCAGUACCUGAAGCUGCUCAACUCACAGAAAUACCAGAUCCUGAUAUACAAUGGAGACGUGGACAUGGCCUGCAAUUUCUUGGGGGAUGAGUGGUUUGUGGAUUCUCUCAACCAGAAGACGGAGGUGAUGCGCCGGCCCUGGCUAGUGGACUAUGGGGACAGUGGGGAGCAGAUUGCUGGCUUCGUGAAGGAGUUCUCCUACAUUGACUUCCUCACCAUUAAGGGUGCUGGACACAUGGUCCCCACUGACAAGCCCCUAGCUGCCUUCACUAUGUUCUCCCGCUUCCUGAACAAAGAGCCCUACUGAUGACCAAGCAGCCCCUACCUGAGUGGCCUGGCUCUCUCCCUGCUUAAAGAAAGCUCUUCCUGAUGCACUGAUCCUCUUCCCAGGACCCCAACACAGC